AUGAAGCGCCGGUCCGUGCACGCGGGCAAGUCGCCGACGUUGUCCAAGCGCAAGCGGGACGUAGUCAAGUGCCUCGAUGCCGAGCCCUUUGCAGACGUGGCUCUCGACACGACGAGCGUCGCCUUUCAGAACUGGGUGCAGAAGGAAGACGCCGCGGAUACAGCCAAGCACGGUGGGUCGUGGCCGCGCUUGGACCUGGGCCGGCGCAUGGAGAUCGUGUCGCACGACGUCAUGCCAUCGGUGGCUCCGCUCCUCAAGCGCAAACGUCACGCGACGG